CAGGACCACACGUGUCUGUCCUGGCCAGGACACCCGGCAGCGUGCCCAGCCAUGGCCAGGCGCCUUCGGCAUCGGUCCAGCGUCGCGGCUGUAAAACUCCCACAGUGCUGAGCAAACAGAAGGGCCGGGGCAAUGUCUGACCGCCGCCCCUUGCGCGGCUGAGCACAGGGACCGGCACGGCCCCUCCGACGUCACCUCUCCCUCUUCUGUCCCCCAGACUCGGCGGCGGGUGAGCAGCUGGGGACACGCAGCGAGGCCCCAGGGGACACCAGGGCCAUGGCAGCCCAGCCUGGUGGGGGCCAGAAGCCCUUCCACGUCGUCUCGCCCAUCCUGGAGAGCCUGCCCCUCUCCAAGGCAGCGGGCACCAAGGUCUUCAUGAAGCUGGAGAACGUCCAGCCCACGGGCUCCUUCAAGAUCCGGGGCAUCGGGCACCUCUGCCAGGAGGCUGCCAAGAAGGGCUGCCGCCAAUUCGUCUGCUCCUCAGGGGGGAACGCUGGUCUGGCAGCAGCAUAUGCAGCCAAGAAGCUGGGGCUGCCCAUCACCGUGGUGAUCCCCAGCACCAGCGGCCCCAUCCCCAAGCGCAAGCUGGAGGAGCUGGGGGCGACCGUGGAGGUCUAUGGCAAGGCGUUUGAUGAUGCAAACAAGAGAGCCCAGGAGCUGUUGAAGAUGGAGGGCUGGGUCAGCAUCCACCCCUUUGAUGACCCCUUGGUGUGGCAGGGUCACACCAGCCUGGUCUGGGAGCUGAAGGACUCUCUGGAGACCAAACCAGAUGCCAUCGUGCUGUCGGUGGGUGGUGGGGGGCUGCUGGCUGGUGUUGUGGAGGGUCUGCACCAGGUGGGCUGGCAGGACAUCCCCAUCAUCGCUGCUGAGACCCACGGAGCCCACAGCUUCCACGAGGCACUGCAAGCUGGCCGGCUGGUCACCCUGCCUGAGAUCACCAGUGUGGCCAAGUGCCUGGGAGCCAAGACAGUGGCAGCGCGGGCGCUGGAGUGCGCCCAGGAGUGCCAGAUCAUCUCCCAGGUGGUGGAGGACAGAGAGGCUGUGAGGGCUGUGGAGCAGUUCCUGGAUGACGAGAGGAUGCUGGUGCAGCCGGCGUGCGGGGCCGCCCUGGCCACGCUCUACACGGGGCGGCUGCAGCGGCUGCAGCGAGAGGGGAAGCUGCGGACCCCGCUGGGCUCCGUGGUGGUCGUGGUCUGCGGGGGCGGCAACAUCAACACGGCACAUCUGCGAGCCCUGAAGAGCCAGCUGGGGAUGGAGUGACACCCACCCCGAGGCAGGGGACGCGACAGAGCCUGGCUGGCACCCUGUGCUUGCUUUCCCUCCGAAAUAACCAAAAUAAAGCCUGGUGGACGCAGGGCUCGACUCCUCCCACAGCCUUCUCCAGCACGCAGCGUCCAUGCAGGGAUGGGGAAACCGAGGCACGAGGGGCAGACGAGCCUGGGGCUCACAUUGCAGGCAGGGCUGGAGCCGGGGUCCUUCCUCUGCUGAGAGCAGGACUGGCGUCCACACAUCCCACUCUUCCGCUGGGACAUGCCAGGUAUUCUCCCCUACACCCCCCCAACCCUCCAUCCCCCUCCUCCUGUCCCUCCCCUGCUCCUCCCCGGGCUGUUUGGGCUGGAACUCCCCACCUCGAUUAGCAAGCGCUCCCUCUCUGACUAAUUGCUUUGCUACUGUCUUUAUGCAUUAUUAUUCUAAUGAUUAUUAAUUAUUACACUCCUCUGCCGUUCCUGCCGUGCUGGCUGCGGUCAGACAAGAACAAGGCGCGCGGCCGCGCUUGUUACGGUGAUUUAUGGGCGGAGAUCCCUGGCCAGGUUUAACACCCUCAGGUUCCAAGGUGCUCCAACACAUGUAGGGAUGUGUGUACUCCAUCCUGGACCCCCUAAGAUUCUGGUUUUUUCUACUCUUUUUCCCAUCCCCUCCCUUUCCCCCACGCUUUCCUGCUCUCCCCCAUUCCCGCUCUGUACUGCUGUGUUUGCUUUUAACUCUUUGCUAUGGCACCUCCUGGGGUUUUUUGUGUCCUCCCAACAUUUCUCCCCCUUCCUUCCUCCCCUUCCCGUGCAAUGUGGGGUCUUGCUCCCUGUGGGCUUCCCCAGCUUCAGCUGGUUCCUCCACAGAGCCUGUGCCCUGAGCAUCACCCAGUGAUGUUGGGCAGGGUGCCCCAAAACCCUUCUCACCCUCCUCCUUCUCCCUUUUGGAGCAGAGGGGGCCCAGCCCCAGGACCAGCUCUGUCCCCCAGAUCACUGACAUCCCCCCACAAAGCCCUUUCCCCUGCCCUGGCUGCCAGGUCGCCAGAAACACCCUCCUUGCCUUUGGCCCCUUGCCCCCCCCAUACCACCCACCAGCCAGGCCACCUCCCCCAGGUGCUUCUUGGAGGCCAAACCCCCAUAAAUCAAAACUCUGCUGCUCCAUCGUGAGCAAUGUCUUAUGUAAAAAGGUGUUCCCAGGGAGCACCGAAGGCUGUAGAAUCCUAUUACGAGGCACACUAUUAAUUAUAAGGAGUCAGCCCAGCCUACUCCAGCUAUUUUUUAUCCCAGGUCCAAAACCUGAUUACUUUCCACCUUCUGCAGACCUUCCCCUUCCAAAAAAAGCCAAUGACAACAACAACAACAA